AUGGUUCCUUCUGUUCGGAAGCACUGUCAACCGAGACGUGUUCGCUUACGCCGAUUGAUUCUCACCUACGUGUGCAACAAUAGCAUCUCCAUACCCUCCAUAUCUACCUACCAGCAUGAGUUACGGAGUACAAUGUACCACUGUGCCUUGAUCCGGAUUCAUGCAUACUCGCGUGCUUUCACAGGCUUCAUGCACAAGCAGCGAAUACUGACGGAUAUCAUCAAUCUCCAGUCUCAGACAAGCACAACUUCAGACAUUAUCAAACCACACUUUUCCAAACAAGCACUCUUCAAGAUGGAGAGAGCCCAGCCCUGGAAGGCGAUGCAGGAAGUCCAGAACCUGUUCAAGCCCGAAGUGCCCGCCGCUGCUGAAACCGCCGACAAGGCCGAAGAAGAAGAGCCCUUGAAGCUCAACUUGCUCCGGGCUCAGUUCAACUCCGCCAGAUCCAACAUUGCCAAUGUCGAGGAGAAGCACUAA